ACAAAUACCGCGUCAACUUGCUUGAACAGUUGAACUUUUCAGGUCUCCUUGGCUAUAUAAAUUGAUUAACCACAAACUCUCCUAUUCAUUUUCUCACCCACUGCCGCCGACCAAUUUUCAAGCUCAAAACCCAUAAUAAACAUUUAUUCCUUUAGUAUCAAAGAAAGUUUCGAAUACUGCUUGCUCUACCCUUACUCACUUCUUCAUUCUUCUAUUUUUAUUUUUUUUUUAUCAAAAUAUGGGAAAGAUUCGAGGUAUCUUGCUCAAACCCAGGGUGAACACUCUUUUCAGACGUGUUUUUCGGCCAGUUUCCCGGCGACACGGACCUCCGGAGGAAUAUCGGCCGCUUGACCGACCUAGGAGCUUCCGGAGUAGGCCCAUUUCAAGACUCCUCGACUGGACCCACCUUAUUCGGAGGAAAGCCAAGGACAUAAUGAGCUCCAAGGACCUUGGUCCUGAUCCGGGAUCUGGAUACAAUCGGGUCGGGCAAGAAACAGUUCAGGAAAAUCCCGUUAAUGUUCCGAAGGGACAUUUACCAGUCUACGUGGGACAGAAAGAUGGAUAUCUCCGGAGAAUUUUGGUUCCUGUAGUGUACUUUAAUCACCCUUCAUUUGGUGAUUUGCUGAAGAAGUCCGAAAAAGAAUGCGGGUUUGAUCAUCCAGGCGGGAUUACCAUACCCUGUCGGAUCUCGGAGUUUGAGCGGGUUCGUAGUCUGAUCAAGGCAGGUCAGUGUACCCGGAAGUUGCUGACGUGGAAGCGAUCCAAUUCAAACAUGAUGACUUGAUGAAUUCUUCUGUCCAUAUCCAUAUGAUGAUGACGAUACAGACAUUUUAGUGCUUUUUUUGUUCUUUUUAUUAUUAUUUUUUUGACAGUUUAAAAAAAAUAUGAUUGUACAAUUAUAAAGAAGUUAAAAAGAAGUUUGGAGGUUUCAGUAAUAAGCUUUCUUGAACUCUAACUACAAUAUUGAUCCAAAAGGGAAAUGAGACAGCGCUUAAAAUGUUUAAUUAGAGUUGAAUU